CAGCACUUCCGGAUUGGAAGGCAGGUGGCCACGCGUUCGGAAGGAGUAAAAUGGAAGGAGGAUCAAGCAGAUUGGAAACCCACACUCCAGUUUUCGUCUAGAAAAAGACCAAGCAUUCUGUACAUAAGGAGAGACAUGGGAGGCAUCCCCAUGAAAGUUUCAGAGACUCCUCCCUGGCAAAGGAACAGGCUGACAUAACUAAGGGUAAAAAAAAAAGAGAAAGCAUGCCCAGCAUCUUGUUUCUUCUCCUUUGAAACAAUCAAAAAUGUGCGAUGAGCCUGAAAAGACCACUUCUAUACCCAAAAAGAAUAAAAAGAGAAGAAAAGGUGCUUUGGGAGUCUAUAAGGAAACAGGUAUGGUGUACAUCCUGGUGGAUAAAGAAAACAUUGAGAACACACCCAAGAAUUUUAGAAAGCAUGUCGAUGUCAUUUACAUUGAUGUAAGCAAGCGGCAAAAGUCAACAAAAGGGCCUGAAGCAGAUGAACCGCAUUUAGUUACUAAGUCACGUGAAAAUGAGUCAGAACUGCAUGAUAAAGUUCGGGGGGAAAAAGCAUAAAAAACAUCGGAGGGAAGUCGCGUCCUGUGAUGCUGUCCAGGAGAGUCUGGGUGCAAGCAUCACCCUGCCCGGAUCAGAAUCCCAAGAGCAGGAACCCCAGCCUCCCAUGGGCCAAGAAGGUGAAAUUGCACAACUACCAGUGUCUGCAGAUCAAAGCAAUUCUAAGACAAGAAAAAGGAAGCGUCCAAGUGACCAGGAAUUCGAGGCCUUGCCUGCGCCUGAGAGCGCUGAGAACAUAUACUCAGAGGGAUCCCAAGUGAUUGGUGAGGUCGGGACUGCAGGGGGCAAUCAGGAGUCCAGUGGCCUCAAGAAAAAGUCUAAGAAAAGGAAGAGAAGAUCUUCUGUUGAUAUUGCCGUGGCACCUGGUGGUUAUUUUUCAGUGCUCAGGACGAGCUCUGAGGACACGCUCUUUGAUUCAGUGGAAGGUACUGGUACCUUGAUUAAAGAAAGUGUGAAACCCAGGCCACAAGAGGAGAAACCCCAGGGCUGUUCGGAAGAGGUGCAGAGAUUAGAACCCACAAAUGAAGAAGAUAGCAAUUUGGAGUGGGCUAAAGAUCCUGAAACCAAAUAUUUAUCUGAAGAUUCGAGAGAUUCAGAUAAUUCAGAUGUGGAUUUGGAUUCUGCUGUGAGGGGGCUCCAGGAGUUCCUCCCUGAUAUCAAGGAGAGGGCUGCCACUACAAUUAAGCGAAUGUAUCGGGAUGACUUGGGACACUUUAAAGAAUUUAAAGCCCAGGGUGUCGCUAUUAAAUUUGGCAAGUUUUCCAUGAAGAAAAAUAAGCAGUUAGAGAAAAACCUGCGAGAAUUUCUGUCUCUGACAGGAAUCGAGAAUGCAGACAAGCUGCUGUACACAGACAGAUACCCAGAGGAGAAAUCUCUAAUCACCGACUUAAAAAGAAAAUACUCGUUUAGAUUGCACAUUGGUAAGGGCAUUGCCUGGCCCUGGAAACUCGUAUACUGUCGAGCAAAGAAGUUGUUUGAUGUCAACAAUUACAAAGGCAGGUAUAGCAAAGGAGAUACCGAGAAGCUAAAGGUAUACCAGUCCCUCCAUGGAAACGACUGGAGAAAGAUUGGUGAGAUGGUGUCUCGAAGUAGCCUCUCUGUGGCCCUGAAGUUCUCCCAGAUCAGCAGUCAAAGAAAUCAUGGUGCUUGGAGCAAGACGGACACCCAGAAACUAAUCAAGGCUGUUGAAGAAGUGAUUCUAAAGGAAAUGUCUCCCCAGGAGAUAAACGAGAUGGAUUCUAAACUCCAAGAGAAUCCUGAAGGCCACCUGUCAGUUGUUCGGGAAAAACUGUACAAAGGCAUAUCCUGGGUAGAAGUGGAGGCGAAAGUGGAAACCAAGAAGUGGAUGCAGUGUAAAAGUAAGUGGACGGAAAUUCUAACCAAGAGGAUGACAAAUGGUCGGGACCUAUACCGGGGACUUAAUGACCUACAGGCCAAGAUCAACCUCAUUGAAAGGUUGAAUGAAAUAAAUGUGGAAGAUGUUAAUGGAAUAGACUGGGAAGAUCUUGCUAGCACCAUAGGGGGUGUUCCUCCAUCUUAUGUCCAAAGUAAAUUUUAUAAGCUGAAAGCUUCCUGUGUUCCGUUUUGGCAGAAGAAGACUUUUCCAGGUCAGUAUUUUCGAUAUCUGAAUAGUUAAAAACGCAGCAUAUGGGGAUACACACUGGUAGUGUGACCUUGCGUAGUGACUUCUGGGAACCUCAGAUUCUUCAAAUGGAAAAUGGUAAAAAUUGGCAAAUUAUAACCCCUACCUGACAGGACUUUCAAAAGUACUAAAUGAGAUAAUGAGCUUGAGAAGUGUGGUCACCAGGCCGCCGGGCGUUUAGCAAGCACUGGGUGAGGAGCUGCGAGUGCUUCUGGAUUGCACAGCACACAUGCUCACACCACAUGCCUGCACACACACUGAUCCACAAAAAACUGGAGGUACAGUUUCUUCUCUGCAGCCAUUUGUAGGUGGUUUACAUAUGUAAUUCCCAAACCUGGACUAUCGGAGUCAGGUGGGGAACUUGGGAAAAAAGAUACAUACCUGGGUCUCAUCCCAGACCCAGUUGAUCCUAGUCUCUAGUCUGUGUCCAGAGGCUAGAUUUUUCUCUAACAAGCUCACAGAUGAGUCGCCAGUG